AUGUACAAGAUUAUUGAGCUGAUGUUACAUUUUGUAGUUGUGAAAUUGAAAUCAGUUAUUACUGUUAUAUUAUCCACAGGAUUUGAUUUUGUCCAAAAGGAGUAUGCACGUGCUAUCACGGAGUACCAUGCUAUCAAUAAAACUGUGAUGCACAUCAGAGCUGUGGGUUGUGAAGGGCCUGUGAAGUAUACCAUAGCUCAGCCGGAUACACCUUUCAAGAUCGAUGAAAAAGGACAUGUUUGGCUUGUGAAGAGACUUAACUAUGACAAAGCAAGUUCCUAUCUGUUGAAUGUGACAGCAGAAGCUGGAGAUGGGAAAUGCAUUGCCUACACCAAAAUCCACUUUGAAAUUUUGAACAUGAACAAGCAUGCACCACAGUUCGAAUUUGAGAAGUACAGUUGUGAUAUUAUUGAGAAUACCCGAGAAAUGAGGUUUAAUCCACCCAUGAGGGUUCUGGACAGCGACAGUGGAAAAGCAGGAAAGAUAAGCAGUGUGAAAAUUGUGGAGUCUGGUCUUCCGUUUGUGUUCACUGUUGAUGAGAAAGGAAACGUCCAGGGAAGGGCUACUAAAAACAUGGAUGCAGAAGAUAUCACAGACUACUUCUUUGAUAUCAUUGCCUGGGAUAGUGGAGAGCCUUCAAAAUCUUCCUUCCCUAUCAGCUUAGAGUGCGAAGUUGAUGAUGUGAAUGAGUUUGGACCGCAUUUUACGCCAGACACUUACCAGGCUAAGAUUGCUCGUGGAAAGACAUACUCUAACAUCACUCAGGUUUGCGUUUACAAACAUUUGUUUACAUCUCCCCUAAAAAGGUUCUAUUUAUCCUUUACACCCUAACAUCAGUAUGCCUAUUCUCCAUACUAUUCUCUAUACAUUUCCUAAUGUACUGGCAAGGAGAAUUUGUUUAACAAUCAAGAGGUUCUUCAGUUAUGUCAUUUCCUCCAUUCUCAUGAGCUUAAUGUUUGAUUCAGGGGUGAUACUGAAUGGAGAAAUCUGAUACAGGUCACUGUCAGGGAUUAAAGGGUUUAGAACUUAUUGAUUGAUAAAUUAAAUUUACCUCGUAAUUAAAAAUCUAUUUUGUUCAAUUUGUCAGGUCUUUGCUGAAGAUAAAGACAUUGGUAUUGUCAGUGGCAGAGUUUGCAAGUAUGUUAUUGAAGGCUUCAAUCUUCCAUUCAAAGUCAAUGAUGAUGGUGUUAUCAGCAUUGAUCAGCCUCUGGGACGUGAUGCCUAUGAUUUAUAUGAGUUUCAAGUGGAUGCUAUUGACUGUGGUGGACAAAUGUCAAAGAGCAGUGCAAAAGUAGCAAUCUCUGUAGAAACAGUACAACCACCUUGUGCUGAAGGUCAGUUUUGAGGAUGUUGGUGUUUGUAACAUGAUUGGCAGCUGAACCUGGUAUAUUUGCAAAUUGAGAAAUAUUGCACUUUUGUUUAUUAAUAAUAGAUAAAAGAAGUCUAGAAAAUUAUUGAUGGAGUUUCUCCUAAGAAUUAAUGAAAAAAAAUCUUUUCAAAGGUAACACUUUGUUUUGAUCUAUAAUUCAGCAGAAGCUAUGACAAGGAUAUGAAAUUUAAGAAAAUUGAGCUUCUUUAAAAAAAAAAAUUGUUGGUGUUAAAUUCAUUGUUAAUUACAUUUGCAAGAGAACAGAUUGAAAGGAGCCUAUCAGCAAUGAUGUGUGGUCUCAACAUUCAAUUAUUGUUUAAUAUACAUUGGUAUUCCAAAGGGAAUAAAAACACAAGGUUGGACAGAUAUCAAGUUUUGGGAUUCAAAAAUGACAGGGUGCCAAAGCAAAUGUGUAACAGAUUAUGCAAAUAUGUUAGAUAGCAAUGCACAGUGAUUCUAUCAUGUUACCUGAUAAAGAUUACAUAUGAUAGUGAUGCAAUUUCAUAAUAAAAGCUAGUAAUUGAACAAGAUAAUUUGUUAUUUUCAAGUACAUUGAUAGUGUAAAUUGGCCAUCAUGAAGAAUUUCCAAAGCUGAAAUUUGUGAGCGUUAGCCCUUUGUUAAAGGGAAGAACAUUCAGAGCAUUUGCUCUGAUAAAACCACUAUGGCUCAAAACGUCAGCCUCAGAAAUUUUUCAUGAUGGACAAUUUACACUAUCAACUCAGGUGAUAAUAUCAAAUUAUUAUCAAAUUAUCUUAUAAUAUCUACAACCUAGGCAAUGCCACAGUUUCUUUAGAAAGUUUACCCCUUUUUGAAUUGAACACCCUCAUUCAAACUAUCAGUCAACUGAUAGACUUCAUAUGCUAGUUGAUCAGUAAGAUUUAACUACAUGGUACAUUAGAAAGUUUUGAGUAGAAGUAGUAAUGAACUCAACACUCCAAUUCUAGCAGUCCACACCAGAACAGGUUGUAGUUUUUAUAUUUAAACCAACCUGUCUCAUUUCUCCAAAUCUGACUGAUUUGAAAUUUUCAUAAUAUCUUCAGAGUUUGUUGGACCAGCUAAACACAAGUUCACCUUACAGCAAUGCACUGGAAAAGUUUAUGUCACCCCUGACAUCACCUUGAACAAGUGCGCCAGAAAGCAAGAAAAGGGCAAAUUCUCUGCGAAUGUCAGUCUGGUAACUGAAGCAGGCAUGGGCUGUGACAGAGAAACAUUUGAAGGAUCAGAUAUGUUUACCCUUUGUGGGGCAAGCAACUUUAUUGAUCUGCUCCCCAAACCAGGAGUUGGCAGGGAAUGGACAGAGAACAUUGCAAAGAAGAAUGAAAAAGGUAGGUUUAUACUGAAAUUGGAAACAGCUUUAAAACAAUUUUGAUUAAAGUAUGUUGCUAUGGUAGCACAUUACUAAAAUUAUUGGUUGUGUGAACAGUUUAGUGUAUUAGGUUAACUUCCGUCCAUUUACCUACGCGGUAGAUUACCCACAUCGUUCAAUUUUUGCAACAACGAGAAAAAAAUUUCAACAGAUUACCUGCACUCAAAAAAACAAAAGAAAAUUGUCCACUCACACAAAGUUCCUUCAUUGUUUUUGUUGACAUGAUAUCCUUUAGCAUGCAACUAAUAAAUUUUCACACUUUAAGUCUUCGCUGUCUCAUCGAGAAUGAUACCAAUUAUAAAAAUCUGCUUUAAAAAAAUUGAUAUCAUGAGAUCUAUAGAGUUGGAGAAAUCACUUGAAAUGGGAAAAUACUCUUUACCUUAAGGCAGUGCUAGCUGAGAAAAUUUCUCUGAUGUGUAGAAUAUUCUGUCACACCAAUUAAUUAUGCGGCCCCAUGAAAUGAACAUGUUGGCACCAUUUUCCGUGUGAAUUGCCCUGAAGCUAGUCUUUUCACAGUAGUUGAUUUCUUUUAUUUUCAAGUUCACUUCCUGUGUAAGUGAGAAUUGUUUUUUUGAACUAAACAAAGAAACAAGCUGUGAAAUUGAUAAGGUUAGAAAGUUAGAGUACGAACAAGAUAAUAGCUAUGUUAUCGAGUUUUGUAUGUUUUCGAUUUGCAUCGGCUUUCAUUGAGAGCAAUAAAGUGUCUUAUUAGAAUGAGCAAUCUGCGUGAAAUAAAUGAGUUAUUGCACAAGUUUUUGAAGAGUAUCUGUCGUGAAUCUUAUCACCUGUUUUUUUUCCUGUUUAUUGUUUUUAACUACACUGGAAGCUUUAGAAAUUAUUGUAUUACCUGCACCUUCCUAUAACCCACAUCAACAACUGUUUGUGGAAAAAUUAACAGAUUACCCGCAGGUUAUUGGCCAAAAAAUUACAGUAUACAAAAUUUCACCGCAACUUUUUAUCUUUUUUCUUUCUGGCAAACAAUUAAUUAUGAUUAUCAGUUGAGUGAGGCAGGGAAAAAAAAAGAUUGGUGGCUGGGUUUUUUACUGUGAAAUAACAGUGUUUGUCACAGGCAAACUUCCUUGUUUCCUCUGGCAACUGAAACUUUGACAGCCAUGUCUCACCAGUUAUCAAACCUGAAAACCUGUCAAAAGUGGUUUUCAGACAUCUGUCAUGCCUCACCUAACUGAAAUUCGUGAUAUGUUUGUACAUCACUGAAAGGGACUUUGAAAGACUUGCUGAAUGUAGCUUGCAGAUACAUAAAAUUGGAGUGAAUAUUUUGUUGGAAGUAAUGAUCAACUGUGCAAAGUAUUUUAGUUGAGUAGAGCAUCUGAAUUUAGAGGAGUGUUCUCAUUUAUUUGCAUCUAAUUUUCUUUUUCAGAUGCACUUGGCUUUUCAUUCAAUGGGAAGACAUAUGUGGACAUCCCUGAUGAAGUCUUGCCAGAUGACAUUGGUGACAAGUUUACCAUCAGCACAUGGAUCAAGGUGGCCAAAUCCAAAGGUCGCCAAACUAUUGUUGCCAACACCGAUAAGGAACGCCUCGACCGUGUACAUUUCUCUCUGUCUAUAUAUGGGAGCAAGCUGAUUUUUUUGCACAAACGCGAGGCCAUACACGCUAACCGCGAUGUCUACUGCAAUGCAGAAUUUCAGUACAAACCAGCCAUUUUUGACGACAAAUGGCAUCAUAUUUUGGUGAUUGCUGAUGGCUGUGCUACCAAGAUGUAUGUUGAUGGAGAGCACUACGCAGCAGUGAUAACUGAAGCAGACCGAACCCUCCACAACUCAAACCUGAAAAAUAAGGUGACUGUUGGUGCCCGCUAUUUGGCAAAAGAGGGAGUUUACACUGAGAGGCUCACAGGAUAUUUGUCUGGACUUACAAUCAGGCCCAAUAGCACUCUUAAUGAACAGGUAUGACCUUCUUUUCUUGUUUGCUAUUUCUGCACUCAUUCUAUGUGCAAGAGAGAGAUAUAAGGGCUUAUCCCUUGUACCCUUAGUGCUUUAACUUCCAUAAGUGAUCAAGACAGAAUUUCUCCUUGCAUUAUCAAUACAAUAUCAAGCAGACAAGUGAUGAGAAUAGAAGAAAUAUCAAUUAGGGGAUUAUAAGUUGACCAAUAUCAAAUUCUUCGAACUAACAUCAUGAAAAUCAACAGUAAGGACGAUUACUAAAUGAGAUAUUGGGAGUGAUUGGGUUCUAAUUUCUCCUCAAGGUAUCACCUUUGAAUCAAAUGUAAAGGUCAGGAAAAUAAAGGAAAUGAUCACCAAUUUGAGAAGCUCCUGAUUGUCAACAAAUUCUCCUUGUCAGGACCACAGGAAAUGUAAAGAGAGCAGUGUGGAGAAUCUGCAUCCUAAUUUUGGGUUGUUUAGGAAUGUAUGGGAUGUUUAUUUUUGUUAAGAGCAGUUUUCCACCUGCAGAGUUCAUAGAGAAAGUAAAGGGUUUUAAAACUUAGAAAUGACUUACAGAAAUUUUUAUGUAGGCCAAAUUGUCCAGGGCCCUUUUUUGUUUUGUUUUGUUUUGUUUUUUUUUGUACCUUUUACAGUUCACUGUGUCUGUGAAUCUUGCUUUCAACUGAAUCAAUGUUAUUUUAUUUUCACAGGUUCUGAGCUGUGUGAUUGGCUGUAAAGAACAUGUGAAUGUUGAUGGCCCUCUUCCUCCUAAAUUCUUGGCCAAAAUCAUUGAUUUUGGAAGUAUCGCAAUCACUGGGGAAGGAUCACCCAGUGACUUCAUCAAGGCCCUGCAAAGUCUUGUGUACAUUAAUGAGCGCAUGGUGCCAACACCAGGAAUACGCUCAGUGAUCAUUGAGGCCAAGAUUAAUGAGAAACCAUUGGCAACCAUCACUGUGGACAUUAACGUUGCAGGAAAUACACGUCCUGUGAUAAUUGUUGAAGGUUUGGAUGCAGACAUUGGACUGAAUUGGGCGAAGAGAAAGGUUGUAAAACAGAAAGGUUUGCGUGUGUUUGAUUCCCUGGAAAUCGAUUAUGAUGCUUGUCCAAGAGAUGAUGAGUUCUCUCCAAUCGACAAGGUGCGCUUUUUGGAUGAAGCAGUGGUAAAAGUUAAGCCGGCCUUCAAGAAAGGAGAAAGUUUUAAUUUUCCCACAGGAAUUAAAGGACUGAAGGAGAAGGGACUGACUGUGAGUUUCAACAAUGAGGAGCUUGUCAUUCGAGGAAUUGCACACUUUUCAGAAUACGAAGAUGUCCUUCGACAGAUGGUGUAUGUGAACUUGGAUCCAGAUGACCUGAUGCACCUAGAGAUAACUGUAAGUAUUAAUAAGAAAUUUGAAGAAUGCGCUGAGGAUUUUCUUACAGAAAUGCUCCAUGAAUUAUGUGCUUAGAGCCUUGUAACUCCCAGAAGUGAAUUACUUGUAACUUCACUCUAUAAUAUCCAGCAAGCGGGUUAUGAGAAUACUCAAACUUGACAGGUAGAAGUUGUCAUCUUGAUUUAACACCAAACUCUUGUAACUAAUUUACAAAGAAAUGAGUAGCAGCUGGAGGGGUGAAUUAACAAUCAAUCUAAGAAGCUCUAAGGAUAAAGAUCUGUUUCAUCUCCACAGAACAAUAUGUGACUGUCUUUUUUUUUCUUUCAUCAUGUAGGUGACUUUGUCAACCCUGAAGGGCAAAUGUAAAAGUGAUUCAGAACGACUUAACAUCAACACCAUUCACUCUAACAGAGGAUUCAAAGACUACAACAUCAAGUUUGCCGAGAACAACCAAAAGGAAGAGAUGAUGCCUGGUAUUGUUUCUGUGGAAGCUGCCAUGGGCAAGGAGUCAUCAAGUGGUCUGUCCAGUGGGGUCAUGGCUGCGAUUAUCGUUUGCAGUCUGGCUGUUUUUGCCUUCCUUCUUGUGCUUGGCAUCUUCAAGUACAGACAGUAAGUUUAAUCUUGAUAUAACAGGGUAAUUUAGUAUUAUCAACUCAGUUGAUAACAUAAAUUGGCCACUGUAAAGAAUUUAAAAGCUGAUAUUUUGUGUGUUAGCCCUUAGUCAUUGCUCUGAAGAAGUCGUAAUGCUCAAAACGUAAGCUUUCAAACUCCAUGCUGGCCAAUUUAUGUGUCAUCAACUCAGUUGAAAAUACUCAAUUGCCCUGUUAUGCUCUCUUACCAAGGCAGAACCACAGUUUCUUAGAAAACUUACCCCCUUUUAUUCAUUAAUCUUGAUAAAGUGAUAAUGUUAAUGUUAUAAUACUAUAUGUAGAUCAGGACUCUUAUAAUUUUACCUAAGAUCAACCUAUUAGCUCCAAAGAGUAACUAAUGUGGUUUCUUCUUAUGGUAUUGCUGUGGAAUCAAACAUAAAGUUCAUGAGAAUAAUUGAAAUGAUUGUCAACUAAAGAAGCCCUUAAUUUUUUCAUGAGGUUUCUUUUUCAUUUCCAUAGGAAUAGUAUAGGGAAUGGUAUGAAUGUUAUGAAAUGCACACUGAUUUUAGGUGACAAGUUAAGGGUCAAACUUUUCAAGAUUUCUUGCACAUGUUAUUGACCUUUAUUAACUGAUAACCAAUGAAAUGUUUCCACCUCCUCCACCCAGUCAUUUAAGAAUCUAAUAAGUUUGCUCAGAAAUAAAUAACAUGGGAAUGUUUCCUCAUUGAAGUUCUCACUUGAGGUUGGAAAUUUAUCACCGAGAUAGGCUCAGUAAAGGCAGUUACAUUGUGUUUCUGCAGUUAUAACUGUCUUUUUAUUGUGUUGGGGACUGCAAAGCAAGGUUGAUUGAAUACAUGUUUAAGUUAAAGUUUAAUUUUCAAAUGAAAAUUGUUGCAAGAGAUGUGACCGAAUAUAUUUUUUUUUUUAAUAGGAGGCCAGAGACUGUGAAAGUCGUACCGCCUGGUGACGACAAAGAGGAGAUGUACUGGGAUGACACUGGUCUGAGUGGUGUGCGUAUUACUCUGAAUCCCAUGCAAAAAUUCCAGGAGCUAGACCUGAAUGAAGAUGGCAACACAGAAAAGUCUGACACUGAGGACGAGGAAGGCACAGCAACAAAAGGCCUGUUGGAGUGGGACAACUCUGAUAUGUAAUCACUUGUGGUGACCUUGUGAAACAAAGUUUUUGUUUAAGGGUGGAAGUUUAGUAUCAUGGUUUGUAAUUGGUUUGAAGUUUCAGGGUUUUUUUCCUUCAAUUUUUUUAAUUUGAUUCAAGGGAGAGAGUUAAAAACAGUUAGAAGUUGAAACUCAAUCCAUUUUCCUUCAGGAAAGUUGGAGUAAUUUUGCCUCGAUUACUGGUUGGUAUUGAUCUACCAGCAUUUCAGUAGAUUUCUGUCUGUGAACUUUAAGCCGUGCUACUGAUUGUUUGAAGUUUGUUGGUUUUUUUUUUGUCAGUGUUUUCUUUGCAUUCUUUUCAUUGAUGUGGCAUUAGUUUUAAGGUAUUUUGUAGAUUUUUUAAAAAAAUACUAUUUCUUAAACUUUGUUUACCUUUCACACUUGUUCAAGGUGUGUAAAAAUGAUAUAUAAUCUUGUUGAGAUAAAAACAGAAUUUGUGAUUCCUUUCUUUCCCCGUUUUCUUUUUCAUUAUUAUGUACCUAAGUAACCUUAUAGUAACAAAAAAGAAAACUUCAGUAAAAAUAUCAAGGAAAAUUUACUAGAUAAGAAACCUAUGUGCAGUGCAUACCUGUUUUGUUUAACAAAGUUGAGGUUUGUAUGGGGCAUGGAAACCUGGAAUGUUGUGAAUUUCUUAAAAUUGUUUUUUAGGCCUGGAAACUCAUGGAAUUUAAGUAUGGGUCAUGGAAAGUCAUGGAAAUUAUUGAAUGUGAUACUUUUGAGAAUGACUCUCGUAAAAAAAACCUCAUUAUAUGAUUACAUUUACUUGAUUUUGGAAGCACUUUAUUUUUUUAGGGUUAUGGGUAACAUCUGUCAUGGAAAAUCA